GCAACAAUGGGGUACAGUACUUCUCACAUACAUGUUGGCAGGAAGUUGAAGAACAUGCAUUAUGUAAUUACAAUUAGGAUAGGCAUUUCCGAGGCUUGUGAUAGAGACUUCUUAAAACUUAGUCAAAUCCAUUAAUUAAGGUGGAAUAUUUUUGAAAGGGUAAAAAAAGUGGGGAUUACAUGUGAAAACCAUAAAGUAAAAAAUGCAGUUGUAAACUACCCGGGGUGUGUAAUAUAGAUGCAGAUUUUAGUUUAUUGGAGAUGGCAGAGAAAAUCCGUCCGAAAAAUGGUGGUCGUCGUGACCGGAAGAACAGGGACAGUGACAGCAGAGCUAGGUCCCAAGAUACCACCAUUAACAUCUACCACACAGAACAACAUGGUGAUAACAACGCUGUUUUUAUGUCUCCCUCGUCCUCUGGCAGUGGAAUGGCAGGGCUUUUAUCCUCGGACAAUCCCUCUACGAAAAAGAAUUUGCUAAUAGGUAUGGUUAACAGCAUAAUCAAUCCGCAAAACAUUGGAAAGCCACCAUAUAUGUCAGUCCAAGAAUUUAGAGUGAAAUUCAAAGACACAUACAAGGAAAGGUUUGAAGAAAUGUCAGGUUCUAACAUUUCCAAGUUUGUUGAUAUAAAUAAACAUCAGUUUGAAACAUGUGUGGACAACAAUCAAAAAAUGAUGAUAAGAGCAACAGUAAGGAAGGCGUCAAAGAAGAAAAAGAAGACACGAAGAGGUAAUGUACCUGUAAUGACUGAAGAUAUCUCUGAAGCCGAGUAUGUGACUGCAGAGUCUGAACAUUGCUCGGAGGAUUCAUCUGAAGAAGAUUCACCACACGAUGAUGCAUACUUAGUAUCCUGCAGAGAAAGAACAGGCCAGAUAUCAAGUGAGAACUCUGAUAGCGAUGAUUAUACCAAAACAGUGAAAGAGAGUGAUCCUAUGUACACAGAAUGGAGACAGGCACGAAAACAUCGCAGUCGAGCCUGUUCUUCUGACACUUUCUCGCAAUCUCAACAUCAGCAACAUGCAGGACAUCAAAAACAGUAUCACAGAGCGAUGUCAGAAGAGGAAAAGAGAGACCUACUCAGAAGACUUCUUCAAAGAAAAGCGUCUCAUGAUUUUAUCAUCAAGCAAACUGUUGUUGAAUAUAGAGACAAUUCUUGUAAUUUAGCCAUUGAUAUUGUCAGUUUGUGGAAUACAAAUGCUCGUACGACUUCAUAUUUAGUAAUAAGACUUGAUGAGCAAGUAGAUAUGCAGUUAUUAACUAAGUGUAUCAGUUUAGAUAAUUUUACAUCUUUACCUCAAUACCAAUACUUUGAAGUUGAAUAUAUGAAGAGUCGGUAUGGAAUUUUUGAAAUUCCUUCAAGUCACGGGGCUGGCCAACCAGUUAUAACAAAAGUCAAUAUGAAGCAUACUGAACCUUUGACGGCUAGUUGGGAAGGCAAUCAGUUAUGGAUCAGGCAAUCAACAUCUUCACGGGCUCUUUCCCUAUCAGAUCCAUUGCUUGCCAUGAUAUAUCAAUGGUUUGCUGGUGCCCAGGAUCCAAGCUAUUCAACCAAACCAAAAAGUAAUAGAAAGGAAGAAAGUCUUCCAGCCAAUGGUAAUCAGACAGAAAGCAAGGGAUUAAACAUUGAGAAAAACAGAAAUGCAUUGGAGAACUUCCGAACUGCUGUGAGAGGGUUUGCAAGGGGACAAUAUAUACUUCUAGCUGGAAAUAUGCCUAAAGGACUGCAAAACAUGGAGGCAAUAUCCAACGUACCUUGGAUUUAUGUGUUUGAUUUUGAUGUGACAAGUAGAGAUUCAGGUCUUCUUUGUGUAAAUGAAAAUUUCAUUAAGAAAAAAAGAUCUCUUCAUCUUACAAAUUGGAUGCAACCUCCAGCGGGAAUAUCUGAAAAUGGAACAUCAUGGACAUUUUUACGUGGAAGAAGAGACAAUCCUGAAAGUGUCUUCAAAAACAACAAUGACUUACGAGAAUGGCUACAGAAAGUUAAAGGAAACAUGGAUUCACAUAUAGAGCAAAUUCAGAGAUAUAUUGAAGAUUACACAGUGGUGACUGUGAUAAUGUUUUGGCCAGAAGAAGAAAAUUUAACACAGUACAUGCAUAAAUUUCUAACUCGACUCGAUGAAGGUCUCGAUCCGAAACCAAAAAUAAUAUUAUGCAUUCCUGCUAAACCCGCAACUCACGUUGGAAAUUCAAUUCUUACAGUGUUGAAAAACGAACUGGGUGAGAAUCUUACAAUCAUUGAUUGUGAAUUAAAACGUCUCUGUGGCUGUAUCAUUGAUAUUACCAAAGACCAUCAAAUUCCAGCAAACAUAAAAUACACUUUACCAACUGCUGAUGAUUUAAGUGAUCCAUCGAUCGAAGACAGUGACGCUGCAUGGCUUAGAGAAGAACUUGAAGUCUUGUAUCUUUCAAAUCCAUACACAAAAUGCAAACUAGAUGUAAACGCUCUAGAAGAGGAAGGUGAAUCUUUUUUUCGAGGAGGUUCCUUACACUGGUUUGCCUGGUACGAAGUGGGAGCUGGUCACUUUGACGCACAGCGUGAUCUCAUGAUGGCCGUUAAGAGGGACAUAAAGGUAUUCAUUGAGGAAAACAGAUCAGGAGUGGUAACACUUUAUCAUGCACCGGGCUCUGGAGGAACGACCUUGGCCCAACGAAUACUCUGGGAUUUCCAUACAGAGAUUCCAUGCGCUCAUGUGAAAUUGAGAUCUACCUUACCAAUAGGGACUCUCGUUGAGCGUAUUGAAAUGAUAUAUGCAAAGACACACAGACCAGUCUUGUUGUUGCUUGAUGGUGAUGAUGAAGUGAAAGUAAAACAUCUAAUUAGAACACUUAAAACCAACUACAGAUGUUACAUCAUCAUUUUGUACGUGAAACGGUAUCCAUACAAGCAACAGAAGAGUAAUAAACUUUUUCUGCAAGGAACCGUUUCCAAUCAAGAAGCAAAACGAUUGGCACUGAAAUUUAAGAAUCAAUGCAAAGAUGAUUCAAAGAAACAAGAACAAUUGAACACAUUAUGUGAAGAUGUAGGAAAUGGAAGACAGCAUCUUGUGUAUGAAUUUGGACUUGCAGCAUACCUACAUGAAUUUAAAGGCAUUGGCAAAUACGUGAAAGGCUAUUUAUGGCCAGCAAAGAAUAGCGAUAAGGAUGCAUAUUCUUUAGGAAGGAGGCUGCUAUCGUAUCUGGCCUUGGCUUACUAUUAUGGUCAGACUGCUUUACCUCUGCAGUUCUUCUGUGGCAUGCUUCACAAACCCUCCAACUACAUCAUUGGCAUUGAGGAUCUGCCACAACCGGUCUCCCAGUUCAUAGUGUUUGAUAAAAACGAAUGCAAAUCAAAUAAUAUACGAGUAUGUCAUUAUCUUAUAGCCAAGGAAAUUCUGGAGCAGGUUCUUGGUAAUGGUUCUGAGGAAAGAAGCUCACAGCUCUGUUUGUCAGCAAGGCAGAAACUGGCAGAUUUCUGCGAAGAGUUUAUUGACUAUUCAAGCAAGAAAAGAUUGAAACCAGGAAACAUAGUUUAUAUUCUAACGAGGAUUUUUAUUUUUCGGGACAACAAAGAUAUGGGCGAUAAUGCAGAACAAAUUCGGAAAAAACCCGUUCUUUCCAAACUUAUGUCUGAUAUUAGUUCGAGGGGACCACUCUUUACGGAACGUCUGAAUGUUCUCAAAAAAUUAACGGAAGCCUUCCCCAAUGAUCAAAAUUUUCAUGCACACCUUGGUCGCUUUUAUGCAUAUUGUCGACCGAAUGAAGACGACGAAGCUGAAAAAUGUCUGCAAAGAGCUACGGAUAUAUGUGAGAAACAAAUUGGAAAUAAAAGAAAAGAUGAAUUGGAUGAGAAACUUUUGCAAUCAUUGAUGCAUGUGUAUCAUAUGUAUGGAACAAUAUUGCAGAAGAGGAUUGCUAGGUACACUGGGCAGUCCCCAACAGAUGAACCAGACAUUAAAACGAUGGAGGGGGAGUUUGACGAGAGACUACAAGAACUUAUUCGUAUAGCUAAAUCGUCUUGUGAAUAUUUCAAGAAAUGUAGACUUUACACACCCGAUGGCCAGGAAUCAUGCUAUGGGUUUGUUGGUGAGAUAACGGUUCGUCUGCAGAUCUGUGAUUUUAUCGAAAGAAAUUUCGAUGAGGAGAAUGACUCAUCAGGAAUAAAGGCAUAUCUUUCCUCAAGUGAAACGAAACAUUGUACUGGGAGGAAAUUUGUGAAGAAAAGUAUUUACUGUGUAGACAAUUUGCUCAUGGAGUGUUUCUACACGUUAGAAGAUGAUGAUAUCGACCACUCCGUACAAAAAGUCAUAUUUUGGUAUAACCAUCUUUUCAGUAAGCAUGCUGUGAAUUUAGAAGACAUUGCAGAAGGAGACGAUAUCCAUGCGUACAGACUUCAGAUAGCGGCAAAGAAACUGAAGUAUAGUUGUGGGGAAUCAAAUUUAGCCAUGCUUGAAAAAGUAAGCAAGGAAGAAGACAUAACUGCGAUCGUUCAGUUGUACGAAACAAUAUUCAGGGAAACUGUAUCCAUUGAAAGUAAAUCUGUAUUGGAUAGAGAUUACACGGAAUGGAUAUUUGCUGUAAGGCAUAGACUGUUUCCUCCAAUAUACCCCAUUGAGUCAGUAUUAGAAUACGUCCGCAGGUGGCAUGAUGCUUUACAUUCUCCGAUGUCAAAAUUUUAUUUAUUUAUUUUGACAAGUCUGCUUGGGUUUGGCAAGAACAACACAAAAGGAAGCAGUGAAUUUUUAUCAGAAGCAAACAUUCUAAAGAAGGAGAUGGAGAAAGUGAGCAAGUACGUUUUGAAGCCAAAAUAUCCACGAGAAUGGCUGCGAAAAGACGGAGAAGGAAUUAAAACGUUAGAACCAGGUACACGGUUUUUAGGGUAUGUUAUAGAUGAUCGUAACCUCAAAGAAGAUAUAUAUCAAACGCUCAGAAUUUGUAAAGGCACCAUUUGUGGUCCAAACAACAAGAAACUAGGAGGAUUCAUUUCACUAGAUCUCGGCAACAAUGUAGUUCCAGUGAGGGUCUUCUACAUUCCUAACAAAGCAAACUUAGCGAGCACUGCUCAUGCCGAAAAACGGGUUGAAUUCAUUCUGGGGUUUAGCUUGCAUCAUGGUUGGGAAGCAUUUAAUGUACGUCUUCUCAAAAAGCACCAGUGUCCCAAGCCGCGAUGCAAUGCUCAUGUAGAGGUCACCAGUGUGGACGAGAGUGUGAAAUGUCCAGGCUGUCAAAGGACCAUCUACAGGGAUGAAUUUACAGAGGUGUCAUAAUGAAGGAGGAAGUUCUUCACUCGUAGAACUAUUUGGUUUUUUAACCUCAGUAGAUGAGCGUGGAUAUUGAUCAGCAGCAGUUCUACAUGUGUAUGUACCUUAGUACUCGGUUUACUAGUGUUAUCAUUUAAACAACAAUUGCUGAUUCAGAGAACGAUGGUUUCUAAAUUAAUACAUACAAUACAUGCAUUUAAUUGUUUUGGUUAUGUAAUAUAUUGUUAUUGAUGAAGUAAUUCAAUCAGAUAUUCAUCAAUUAUGCUAUGUCCUAAUGAAAACCAUUUUACUGGGAUCAUUUUAGAAAUACAUCGUGAACAGUACUAUUUCACUGUAUUUCCUUUUUGAAAUGUUUUUAUACAUGCAUUCAUAUUGGACUACACGUAUAUCGGGUAUUUUCUUCGAUUAUCCAUACGAUAUUGCAAAAUCAUUUAUAUACAUGUAUAUGUAUGUAUAAGUAUGUACAUGUAUAGGUGUAAUGCAACGACAGAAACAAUUUACUACUUCUUAGGUAUUCCAUGAGAGGGUAUUGUAGUCGCCCACUCGAACACAUAGUUUUUCUCUGGCUUCCUUCUAUAACAAUGACCAUUUCGCGCCAUUGUUUGAACCGACGAGGAGAAUUGAUAGAAGUUGUAGAAUUGUUUGUUAAUCGUCGUAAAAUAAAGUUUAAACUAUCUUUAAGGGAUCAAAUUGCAUGGGGGGAAAAUCAACCGUAUAAAAUUCCCGUUAUACAGUAGCGUGAUCAUCUGUUUAGCACAUCUUUGAAAUGCAUUCGAUCGUGUUGUAAUUGGUGUUGACAAUUUAUUUCCAUGUAUUGCUUUGUAUGCAUAUGUCAUAUCACAUGUAUGUUCUCUGUUUUCAUUAAAAAGUACAGUGAAAAUUGCCUAAUUCAACACCUGUGCAAUCCGUUUCACUGGGAAUUCCGACCUUUAUUUUCAUUCUAAAUGUUCUUACAAUGUGUAUUCGGACACGCUGUGUAUUCUGACAAAACAAUGAUCUCCCAAUGUAUGUCGGAUUAUACAGGUUUCACUGUACAUAGGUCAUUACAAUAAUAGACCUGAACGCGACACAGUCCAUAUGUUAUCUUUUAGGCAGUUUACAGAUUCUCCGAUUAAGUCUAGAAGUUCUGAUGUACCGGUGUAACAAAUUUACGUACUUUGUAACACAUCUCUUUAAUUAUACCCAAUUCACGAUGGGUAUGAAAAGUAUAAAAACAAUUUUUGAAUUUACAA